AUGGCACAGCUACAAGACCUGUUUAACAGGGCCGUAGAGCCUCUCCCAGAAAUUGAAGACGAAAGCUUCGCAUCCUAUUUCGACUCCUUUGCCGAUAAACAGGUUGUGCUUCUCGGCGACGGUAGUCAUGGCACAUCUGAAUUCUAUCAGGCGCGUGCAGAGAUCACGAAGCGGCUAAUCCAGAAGCAUGGCUACACUAUGGUCACUGUUGAAGCAGAUUGGCCGGAUGCCGAAGCUAUCGACCGGUAUGUUCGCUUCAGGCCUGGCCCCAAAGCACAAAUUGGAGGCAAGGCCAAAAUGUUUGAGCCUUUCAAGCGAUUUCCGACCUGGAUGUGGCGCAACCGAGAGAUGCAAGAGUUGGUCGAGUGGAUGCGCGAGUGGAACAAAUCGCAACCACCCGGCAGACGUGUCGGCUUCCACGGACUAGAUCUGUACAGCAUGGGCACUUCAAUUCGCGCGGUAGUGGAAUAUCUUGACCGCGUCGACCCGCAGGCUGCGAAAGAGGCCCGCAGUCGCUACGGGUGCCUGGAGCCUUGGAUCGAUGAACCUUCGGGAUACGGCCUGGCCUCCAUGCGCGGAAUGAAAGAUUGCGAGUCGUCGGUGGUGAGGAUCCUACGAAAUCUUCUCAGUAGCAGAUUAGAAUAUUUGCAAUCCGACCCACAGGAUGGCGAGGAAUUCCAGAGCAGCAAGCAAAAUGCCUACCUGGUGCGAGAUGCUGAGCAGUACUACAAGGCGAUGUACUGGAGCUCGGCUACUUCUUGGACCUUGCGAGAUACACAUAUGUUCGACACUUUACAACGUCUCUUACAGCAUCGCCCACCACCAGAACACAAGGCUAUCGUAUGGGCGCACAACUCCCAUGUGGGUGAUGCUCGGUAUACGAGCAUGGGGACCCGUCGGAAGGAAAUCAACAUUGGCCAGCUGUGUCGAGAGCGACUGGGCCCGGAAAACGUCGCGAUUCUUGGCUGUGGAACUCACACUGGCACUGUUGCAGCAGCGCAUGAAUGGGAUGACGAUAUGGAAGUCAUGGCUGUCAAUCCCUCGCGAGAUGACAGUUGGGAGAUCAUAGCUCACGACACCGGAGUUCCUCGUUUCCUUCUUGAUCUCCGGCACGAGCACCUCGAUCCUGCUCUGCGGAUUGCGCUCUCCAAAGAGAAGAAUCGCCUCGAGCGGUUUAUUGGCGUCAUAUACCGGCCGGAUACCGAGAAAAUCUCACAUUAUUCACAAGCCCAUCUCUACAAGCAGUUCGACGGGUACAUCUGGUUUGACCGCACACACGCCGUUAACCCUCUCGAGACCAUUCAGCCCGCAACACCACUUGGGAAAGAGGAAACAUACCCGUUUGGGCUUUAA